AUGAACAAUCCCACCAUCAAUUUCGACUACGAGAAUUCCGCCAUUGUUUCAGCACUCCGGUAUGUUAUCUGCGGCGGAAACGUCGUCAUUCCAAGCAGUAGUGAAACCGGAAGCUCUCAGAAUCAUCCGUCGCCGGUGGAGCAUGAAAUUUGCGGCGAAUGUAGAAUGCGAAUCCCGGAACACUGUUUGGGGUGUCACAUGUUCACCGGCGGUGGUGGAGAAGAGACGGGAAAGAGAACGAAGAAGAAGGUUUACAGAGGAGUUCGUCUCCGGCCGUCGAGGAAAUGGGCGGCGGAGAUAAUGGUUCCGGGGACGAAAGAGCGGAAGUGGUUGGGGACUUUUGAGACUGCAGAAGAGGCUGCCAGAGCUUACGACGUCGCCAACAUUCAGUAUAGAGGAAACAAGGCGAAGACAAAUUUUCCGGUGGAGGAGUACCAAGAAAACCCCGACGUAUAA